AAUGGAUGACGAGCCACAGCCCAUGCCCCGGCGGGAUCGUCGAAGGAGCAUGUUUGAAAAGGGGUUCAUCCAGGAGAUCCUGCAGGACCGCCUGAAGGACGCCAACCUUGAGGUCACCCACGUCGACGAGGCCGAGGAAGACGACCUGUUCCCGGAGAAGGGCGGCUCCGCGGUCUGGAAGCCCGGCCUGGGGAAGGCGAAGCUGGCCAACACCUACAGGAUGGAGCCCGCGCGCAAGUUCCAGACGCGCCCGGUGCAGCAGAGGUGCGAGGAGAUCAUGGGCGAGGCCUUUGGCGCGGCGACGUACGAGCCGGCCGCCUGCCGGGACUUGGCCUGCAAGGUGGCGGAUGACAUCUUGGGCUUCGCCAAGGAGCAGGGGUUCGGGCGCUACAGGUACGUCGUCAGGAUCAUCGUCGGGCAGAAGAGGGGCCAGAGUGUUAGGGUGGCAAGCCGGGCGGUGUGGGACACGGAGAAGGACAACUUCAUCUCCCUGACCAUCGAGAACAGCUCCCUGUUCGCAGUGGCCACAGUCUAUGCUCUGUACCUGGAGUAGGUGAGGAGUCCACUGUCCAACACUGCCACCCUGUGAUGCUGGUAAAAUGUCGUUCCAAAUCAUUAUCUUUCAAGGGGUUAAGAAGGACUAAGCAGCAGCAGCUGUGGGAAUCAAUCCGAUUUAUAUGCUUGCUUCCAAUAUGAUAAAACAUGCUGUCUGCUGCUUUGAGAUUUUAUAACUGAUUAAAAGAAAAUUGCACCUGUGCCUUAUUUCACCUUGGACGCCUUGGAAUGUCCCGUGCUGCCACAGAAAGUUCCCCCUGUUAGUCUGGGACAGCUGGUGGGGUUGAGAUGAGGCGGUUCUCCAUCCACAGGAGUACUCCAGGACUAGGGUUGAGCUCCAAACUCUUGGGGGGUAUUUCCGAGCUCAGGGCCUGAGUGCAGAAGAAAAGACGCCACAAGCCAAGCAACUAUAGUCACCAAUUCGGACUCGUGUUCAAAGGAUCCAACUGGACCAGAAACCAGCAGACACAGGGGUACACCAGGGCCAGGAUGGUGUGUACACUGCCAGGGUCUUUGUUUCAAUCCAGCACUCAGCUACUAAUUACUUUAGAAUUAAAGCAAUCCUUUCAACUGAAUAAAAACGCCUGCAAAUCC